AGCUCCCUAACUCCAGUGAUUCCCAGACUGGCUGGCAGUAAGCUCUGUGAUCUGAUCUGCCUGCUCUGAUGGGGUUUCAUGCCCGUGCAGGCAGCGUUGGGGAUCCUGAGGGCAACACAGGCUUCUGCUGCUGAUCACGGCCUCUCUAUUUCCUACAGAUUGACCAUAUCAGCCCACAGAGAUGAGAGUGAGGACAGCUACUCUCAACCUACUACUGACGGCAAAUGGAUCAUCAACCAAUGACAGUCACUAGAAUCCAAAAAGGGAGCUAAAAGAAGAUUGAAUGCAAGCGGCCCAAGAACGACUGGCAGAUAUGAGAGUGGUACUGGUGUGUGCCCUCCUAUCCCUACUCUCUUUGUCACAUGCCUGUCCAAAGGAGUGUAACUGCAACAGCAACACCAAGGUAGUAGACUGCCGGGGUCAAGGCCUAUAUGACAUCCCCCGACGACUGCAUCCAGACACCCAAGAACUGUAUCUCCAAGAUAACCGUAUCAGGGGGCUGGGAUCAAUGGCUUUCCGAGAAAUACCAUUUGUCCGCAUUCUCGAUCUAUCUAAUAACUCUAUAACAUCUGUUUCACCGACUGCCCUGCUUGGUCUCAGAACUCUACAGCGCCUCAGCCUGGCCUACAACAGCCUGAGAGAGCUUGACAAGCGAUUGCUUGGGCCUAUCCGCUCGCUUUCACACCUUGACCUCUCACACAACAGCCUGUGGGGUUUGCCUGGAGCCAUAGGCGAUAGUUUGAGGAACCUAAGCCACCUGGGGCUAGCACACAACAGGCUAACACGAUUGGACCGCUCCCUGUUGGAGGCCCUGACCCACCUGGACAGCCUCACACUACGAAGUAACCCGUGGAGGUGCGACUGCCAGCUCAUAGGCCUCAAACUCUGGCUGGAGACCUACCUCUUUAAAGGUGGAGUGGUGGAUGAGGUGCUUUGCUCCCAGCCAGAGGAAAUGAAGGACAAAGACCUGCAGAAAGUACCUUACCAGCUCUUCCACUCCUGCAUGGCCACAAGCUACCAUUACCUGUUUGCGAACAUACACCACUUGGAGAAUGAGAGGCUACUGCGUGGCCACACGCAUGGCAACCAUGCUCAUCCCUCUAGCCACGCUAUCCAUGUCCCCAUGGCAAUGGGGGAGGGUUUCGGUGGUGGAGGAGGAGGAGGAGGGGGUUUGCCAGAGUGUGAACCUAAGCAGAGGCACCGGCCUGUCAACUUGCGCCAUGCAAUUGCCACAGUAAUCAUCACCGGCGUAGUGUGUGGGAUUGUGUUUCUGAUGAUGCUGGCUGCAGCAGUGUACGGCUGCGCUUACGCCGCUAUCAUGGCCAAAUAUCAGCGGGAGCUGAAGAAGAACGAGGAGUUGGCAGCAGCACAGGGGGCAGACCAUGCCAAAGCAGAUGAGAAGGAAUCACUGGAGAAUGCUAUCGCCUAAGAGAUGAUAACAUGAACCCUGGACCUAAAACCUGGGCCUCAACCCUUUAACCUAAUCUGCCAUGUGUUAGUGCAUGUGUGAAAAAAGAAGAGUGAGUGAUUCUUUAUGUGUUGGAAUGUGCGUAUGUUCACCUCCUUUCUGAGACGUGGGUAGCUAAACUCCACAAGUAUUUGACUAUGCACUGAUGAGAAGAGUACCUUCUACUGUAUGCGGGUUCGUGGGGCAGGCCAAAGAAUCCAAAAGAAAUCAAUUCCAAUUUUUCUGAGAAAUGCAUAUCACAGAACAAAUUGCUAUAUAUUUAUAAUUGUGUACUUGUAGGUAUAAUAGCAAAGCUCUAGUAUUUAAAAAUGGAUUUCAGAAUUAGUUGUCUUUUGGUUGUUCAUCAUUUUGAGUCUGAUUUUGAGGUAAUGCAUAGUAGGCAGCUGCUGUCAGUUAAGUUCUGUUGUUAAUAUCAUUGACGUGAGCGUAUGAGAACAAAAAUGAGAGUGUUUGUGUCAGUAUUUCAUGUGCUUGAGUGUGCGCGUGUGGAGAUGUUUACUGUAUGCACAAAUUUACAAAGAAUUUAAGAGUCUGUGCCUAAUAACGUGAUAUCGUUUUGAGAAGGAUAUAUGUUUUCUUAAAGGAUAUUUUUCUGAUAACUGAGGUGAAGAUGGGAAAUUCAUUGAAGCAAUAAUGAAACAAACUAAAACAACAACAACACCUGGACUCAGCCUUGUUGUUGUUUUUUUUAAAUAACUUUACAGCUUUAUGAGUUUGAAUUAUCAUCCUGCUGCACAAAGUCACACCCACACACACAAACAUUUAGAUCUACAGUUUUUGAGAUCAGUCGAGUUUUGUUUGUGAGUUAAUGCUGAUUACAUAAUGGUAGUCAUGUCAUUCAAAAUGUAUUACAUAAAAUAAAGGGAAAUAUUUUACCUGCUUACUAUACGUCUACUGGCAACUAAUUUAAGAAUUAUUUGCAGAAAGUAUCUUAAACCCUUCAUCCUACUAACUGCGGUCCCAGCAGACCCCAGAGGUAUACUGAUUUUAUAACUCGUAUGUGCUUUGCUCUGUCAUUCCAAUUUUUCAGGGCUUUGUCAAUCAAUUUAUUCUUAAUGACUUCAUAUCAUUGUUUUCUGUUUCUGUUUUAAUAAGUGCUUUUAAAUAAUCAUUUUAAAUACCAAUGUAUUAAAGCACCCAAUUGCAGCCAAUGUAGUUUAAUAGAUGAAAUGGAAUAGACAGCUAAGAUGUUUGCCACGGGUCCUCUUCUAAAGUAUCACACACUAUCAGGGUAAUGACAUGACCAUUCUUAAAUAGACACGGAUGCAGCCACACACAGAUUUCCUCAUUUGCUCUCUGUAUUUUUUACAUAAUAUGCUAAUUAUUUGCAACUUUUCUAAAAUAACAACGUUUAUUUUUCUUCAGAUGCCAUUAAUUACAUAACUAAUUAUGGUUUUGGGAUGAAUACAUUUGCAUUUUGCUCAGAUGUUUGUAUCUUACAGUAUUUCAUUUUUGAGGUCCUCAGGGACCCCAGUUUUCUAGACCUUCUAUUUUAAAUAUGUUGAUAGGAUGGAGGUUAAAAGAGGGUUAUUUAAAAAAAAAAAAAAAAGAGGUCCACUUUGGAGUGUAUUCUGCUGUUGAAGCGUAUUCCUCUUUGUUUCACCAAUUGUUCAAUUGUUUAAAAAAUAAAACAGGCAAUCUUGAAAUUAGUAGACAUUGCAUGGUGUUUUUGCUCCUGUCAG